CCCAGACCUGGAGACAUGAUUGAGAUCUCUCACAGGCUCUACCGUGACUGGGCGCUCUAUGUGGGCGAUGGUUAUGUGAUCCAUCUGACUGCUCCAGGUGAAUCGCGCAGUACUGGCUCCUCCAACAUGUCUAUGUUUCUGAGUGGCAGGGCUGAGGUCACAAAAGAACCUCUGCAGAAGGCGGCUGCCGGCUGUCCCUACAAGGUCAACAACCACUUGGACCAUGUGUACAGACCCCGGGCUGUGCAUGAGAUCAUCACUUCUGCCACGGAGGUGAUUGGUAACCAGAAGACUUACUCAAUUCUUCGUGAAAAUAGCGAACGUUUUGUCGCUGAUCUGAGAUAUGGCUUGCCCCGCCGUGAGUUGUCAAGCGAGGACCCAAUACCUGGAGACCUGAUUCAGAUUGGAGAUGUUUACAAGCACUGGGCUAUCUAUGUGGGAGACGGUUUUGUGAUUCAUGUGAACACAGGUGAGUCCUCCGGGUCUAGCUCUUCCGACCUUGAACAUGGCUAUGUAGUAUUACAAGACACGGUGAAACGUGAACCUCUGGAAGAAGUGGCAGGGGAUAACACGUACAAGGUCAACAACUUCUUGGAUGGCAAGUACAGACCCCGGCCUGUUCAUGACAUUGUCAAUUUGGCGAAGAAGAAAAUUGGUGAAACCUGGAAUGACUAUUUUUAUUUCGCAACUGCGAGCACUUUGUCGCUAAACUGAGAAAUGGCCGCCCUGGAGCCAACAGGCCUGUGGCCAAUCAGGCAGCAUUUCUUGUCCCAGUCUACAGAGGAGGAGCCCAGGCUCAGAGAAGAACAUGGUUUCCGAGCUCAUCAGCAUAGCUUCCGUGACCCCAAGGCCGCCUGCCACCAGGAUGCACUAGGGUCCUCUCGUCCCUAGUUCCGCAGCAGCACCGCCCCUCGCCCUCUGUGCUCUCAGCUGCCUGGAUCCCUUCCGAAUACUGAGCUGCCUGUGAAUAGCAGACACCUAAGCUCAAAUCCCAAACCAGCUUCCGGUCCACUGAGGGCUUUGGACAGGUCACUGCCCUCUCUGGGCCUUCCUCGUGUGCAGAAUGAAGGGUCAGAUGGGAACCUGUGAGGGAGGGCCUGGCUGGCUCUGAGCAUAUGCAGUCCUUUACCUCUGAGCUCAGCUCUGAAGGCAGAUCCUGAAAAGUCCUGUGGGUUGUCAGGGAGAGUCUGGAAUGAGCCAGGGUCCGAUAGGAUCACCUUCUCCCCAGAGGGCCUCCAGGGCCAGAGCUGCUCAGACGUGAGCUCUUGGGGAUACAGUCCACUUCUUUCCUGGGGAAAGGUCUCUGGGGUGGACAGAAGUCAUGUGUCUCUGUGGGACUCGAGAGGGAGGGGCCAUCAGUCUUGGACUCCUUUUAACUCUGAGCAAUGCACUGCUCUCCUCCUGAGUGGAGUUUCCGAGUCAGCUGGUGGUUCUGUGGCGGUGCCACCAGUCCUGGCUACUUCUUCGCAGUGUCCCCAGCAGUGACAGCUGCUUGAAGAAGCCACUACACAGUCUCCAGUUAGAGGCCGCUUCAAGGACCAGCUGACCCCCUCUGUGCCCGAUGCUCUCUCCCACUGGCGUUUCCAGGGACUAAUUCUAGCAAGACCAUAGCUUCUUGAAGAAGAAAAUGAAUGAAUCCAGUGAUCCCUUUACCAAAUAUUUCCACUGCUUUCCUGCAAACUCAAGAAUCUUUGGAUAUUCCUGAAAUAUUCAUGUUUAUUGCAUGUAAUCCUAUCUAAUAAAAGCCUAAUAUGCAAAUUGUUCCCUCAACCAGGAGUUUGUCCAGGGGACGGGGCUGGCCAACCGCCGUGGCCCCUCUCCCCAGCCGGCCCUG